GUGGCGUGCCCUGCUGGCCAAGUUUUGCUAUUUUCAUAUUUGGCUCUGUAUCGUAACAGUGCAUCGCUGCAUCAUUGAAGUCCAUUUGCAGACGAGUCAAGUACAGUAGUGCAAUCAUGCGAUCAGUAAUAGCUGCUAGCGGCGCGCGGCUAGCAAGCUUGGUCGCAGGCUCGUCGCUGAUGCCUGCUUCCGCAAGCUGUGCGAGCCGGCUUUCAUCUUCAACCUACUCAACGAUGGACUCAACAAGCCACCCCAGCACUAGCUAUGUGGUGGCGCCGCGCCUACCAGCUGAGGAGGAUGACACGUUUGUGCCCUUCAGUCGGCCAUCCCCCUCGCCCUUCGGUUCGGGCAACUCGCUGCUUCCCCAGCUAUGCGCCACGCCCAAGAAGAAGCUAUCGCUUCAUAGACGUGGAAACCGGCGGGUGUGGUACUGGCUCAAACGCAAGACGGAGGUUGCCAAGUGCAGCUACUGCGGCGCUCUGUCCGGACGCAAUCAAAUGUUCAGUGGCGCGGCCGGCAACAGCGCCUGCACCGGGCAGUGUGUGGAGCAGGCGCCCACCCCGCCCGCCAGCAGCUACCCGGCCGAGUACAAGCCCCCGUGCUGAGCGUGAGGAAUGAAUCGGGCGAAGUGGGCAGGAGUGCUAUUGUACUGCAUGCCGCGAUGCCCUGAAAGGGAUGGGGUGGAAGGAGCAGGCGGGGAGAGCGGAAGGGCCUAGGCCUGUGCCUGGGGUCAUUUGUUGGGGAUGGCGGCGGGACGAGGGCUUUGGGUGUGUGAUUGGACAGGGUUCAGGCAGGUUGGCGAGGUCCCGUAGGGUGCAGCUGGGUUGUGGGUAUGGUUGUCUGUGGAGCGGGCGGUGUAGUGAUUGCGUCGGCUGAGUGUCCGCGGCUGCAGGAAGUGGGACACAAGCGUUAGGAGCCAGGUGUGCUGCGGCAUUUAGAGGCGCCGGCAUGGCUGCACCACUGCAAGCAUGCGUGCGGAGGAUCGGGCAGGGACAGCGCAGGCAUACGCUGCGUGCGGAGGUAUCGACAUGUGGUCAAUGCGGACUGCUGGCCGGGGUUGUACUUGCUUAAGCCGUGUGUGCGCCUGUGCGGUUCUCACACGAGGGCUCCUGGGUAGCAGGAUUGGUAUCGGACUGGCUUGAUUCGAAAUCAAUACCGGUGCGAUAGCUUACACGUGCUGGACGGUGAGGUCCGAGUGUCAUGCUCGCGAUGGGCGGUUGCACCCAUGUGUCACAUCUCACACACGCGACGCAAGGUGCAAAUGUUGAUGA